CAAGGACUCAACAACAUCAAAAAAGCGUUGAAGAAGUUUUCUUCAUUUCAUCAUAUAGUACGCUUCUGUUGUUUUUAAUCCCCUUCACUGGGAGCUCAGUGGGGCUCGAGUUAGCUUCUCCUCGAAUGUUCGCCCCUUGAGCUGUUUUUUUUUCUCGAACAGUAACUUUCUACCAUGCGGCUGUCUGCUCUCGAGCAGCACCUCUGCCAUAUCCUCCGGGAUUUCCCUAAGCAGUACGAAUACCGGUACACCAAAGAGGCCAGCGACCAUUUACUGGAGAUACUUUUCCGGUCCCUUUGCCAUGACAGCGAUACAUACUUUCGACUCUUUUUUCCCCAGGAAAUUUCAAAAAAUUCGACGACCUGGAGCUUGCGCGAAGCUCAGGGUGCAGUGGAGGGUGCAGAGUAUACUGCGGGGGCGCGGGGUAAGCCAUGCGGGCAUAUCUUCAAGAGCGGCGAGGCGACAUAUCGCUGCAAGACCUGCAGUGUAGACGACACUUGUGUGCUCUGCAGCAAAUGCUUCGACGCUUCCGAUCACACCGAUCACAUGGUAUACGUGAGCAUCUCACCAGGAAAUAGUGGGUGCUGCGACUGUGGAGAUGCCGAGGCUUGGAGAUUGCCUGUCAAUUGUGCUAUCCACACUGCUGUUCCAGAAGAGGAAUCUGCUGCAGCUGGAAAGACUGUGGUGGAUAAGAAGCUUCCGGAUGACUUAAUCGAGUCUAUCAGAGCUACGAUUGCGCGGGCGAUGGAUUACCUUUGCGAUGUCAUUUCGUGCUCCCCGGAGCAGUUACGACUCCCCAAAACGGAGGAUAGCAUCAAGUACGACGAAGAAAUGUCUCGGCUGACUUCAAAAUGGUAUGGUGGAGAUAUUGAACCAGAGGAAGAGCCUGAUUUUGCUCUCAUUCUCUGGAAUGAUGAAAAGCAUACCGUGCUCGAGGUGGAAAAUCAAGUGGCUAGGGCUUGCAGAGAAACCAGGAGAUUUGGCACUCGAGUAGCAAACGAGACAAAUGAUAUGGGCCGCAGUGUUGUCAGGCAUUCCAAGGAUAUCAAGCACUUGCUUCAAGUUGCUAAGAUUAUCGAAGAAAUCAAGGUUACGGUCACGAUCAGAUCGUCUCGAGACACAUUCCGCGAGCAAAUGUGCGGUACGAUCAUUGAGUGGCUAGUGGAUAUAGCGGGAUGCAGUGUGGGCGAAGACCACGACAUUCUCCGGCAAACAAUCUGCGAAGAGAUGCUUAAGGGGUGGAGGACCGGCAGCGAGGCCAGUAAUGCAGAGAUCGGUCGAAGUGGUAUUGAUGAUCAUGAAAAAGAUGAGACAACUCAACUCAGAGGCUUUGCCAUGGCACAUGCGCUGCACAACAUAAUAGACAUAGACGAGGGCGAUAACGAUGAUGAUGACGAUGGCGAGGACGACGACGGUGAGGACAUCGAUCUUGAAGCCGAAGUAGUGGAAGAAGGUGAUGAAAUGGACUUGGAUGAGCUAAACGCCGACCGGGACGGUGACGUUGAUAUGGAUGCUCUCUCGCCGGAGGACGAAACUGAAGUGGCAGAAGCUACUUAUGCGGGUUAUCCGCCACCGCCACCCCCUCCUCCUCCGCGCCGGCCGUCACAGCAGGAGCAACGUGAGCAUACCUCUUCAGAUUCUGAAGGUGGUGAGGCAGGAAGUACCGCCAGUACUCUAGCCCGAGCAACAACAAAAAUCCCAAAGACUCCGACAGAGCGCCCAACGGUGGUGCGGCAUCCGAAACCGCCAAAGUACUGGCUCGAAAAACCUGCUGCGUUUAGCAGCAAGGAACCAAUGCCUGUUUAUGAGGAUCUACGGCAACGCGUCCGGUUAGAUUGGCUUGUUCUCUUCGAUCUGAGAAUGUGGAAGAAGGCACGCAUUGAUUUGCGGGACCUUUACAUUGGAACCGUGGUCACUAUUCCUUACUUCAAGCGCAUUCUGGGAUUAAGAUUUGCUGGCUUAUACACUACUCUCGCCCAGCUCUAUCUGAUUGCAGACCGUGAGCCUGAUCACUCAAUCAUCAAUCUUUCUCUGCAGAUGCUUACAACUCCUUCCAUCACCGACGAAGUGGUGGAGCGGGGCAACUUCCUCACGAACCUCAUUGCCAUUCUGUACACCUUCCUAACCACACGCCAAGUCGGUCAUCCCGAAGACGUAGAUCCCACAGCAACGUUGGCAUUUGAGGCUGGCUCCGUCACGAACCGCCGCAUGUAUCACUUCUUCAUGGAUUUGAAGUAUCUGUUUGGUUCAGAGCAUGUCCAAGAAAAACUCCGAAAUGAGGAGCGAUACAUUUACCAGUUCCUCGACCUCGUCAAACUUCACCAAGGAAUCUGCCCUAAUGUUCGCGCUGUCGGGGAACAUGUUGAGUAUGAAACAGAUGCCUGGAUCAGCGCAUCCCUAAUUACUCGGGAGAUCAACAGGCUAUGUCGCCAAUUCGCUGAGUCAUUCAAAUGGAAACGUGGUGAGGACGACACCAGCAUUUCCAAGGCAAUUCGUAUUGCGGCCAAGGCUGCCAUCCUUAAUUCCAUGGGAGCGGAGCGGAAACGAUUUGACCAGGCUGAAAUCAAAGAGGAAACCCGAUUCAAAACAAUUCAUGCUUUGGAGGCUGGCCCGGAAAAUUGGGGAGAUUCUGACCAACAAUACGAAAUUGUCGAUUUCGUUAUUGAAAAGGAGCCCAUCAGUUUCCACCAUGCUCUCCAUUACACACUCUCCUGGCUGAUUGAUUGUGGAAAGAGCAUGUCUAGGGACCAACUUCAUGGACUGCUGUUAUUUAGCUUGUCUGAGCUCAAGGAGCCACCCAGCACCAAGCAGGCCGUUUCGGAACACGAGCCUGAAAGUUAUCUGCUCGCGUUAUUCGACUUUCCCCUUCGAGUCUGCGCCUGGCUCGCCCAGAUGAAAGCCGGAAUGUGGGUUCGAAACGGUCUCAGCCUUCGACACCAAAUGUCGACGUAUCGAGGCGUCUCACAGAGAGAUGUCGCUCACCAUCGAGAUAUUUUCCUCAUGCAGACGGCUAUGGUGAUCUGCGAUUCUAGCAAGGUCCUCGCAUCAAUGAUUGAUAGGUUCAGGAUGAGAGACUGGAUGGAGGGCAAUUACGCUGUGCCAACCGGUUACGAGGAUAGUCAAAUGGUUGAUGUUGCCGAGGACUUUAUACAUUUGAUGAUAAUCAUCCUAAGCGACAGAACGUCUCUCUUGCCCAUCGAAGACGAACCUAAUCCCCAUCUUGUUGCUAUCAGGAGGGAUAUCGUUCAUACUCUCUGCUUCAAGCCUCUCUCAUUUUCAGAGCUCUGCUCUCGCUUGACUGAGAAAUUCCAAGACCUUGAAGAGUUCCAGGAUAUCUUGGACGAAAUGACCAAUUUCCGGGCCCCUGAGGGUCUCUCGGAUACAGGAACAUUCGAACUCAAAGAGGAGUAUUACGAACAUAUUGACCCCUAUGUGGCGCACUAUAACAAGAACCAGCGUGAUGAGGCUGAAAACGCUUAUCGCACACGUCUCGCGAAGAAGUCGAGAAAGUCGCCCGACGAUGUGGUCUUUGAGCCGAAGCUGCGGCCGAUUACAUCGGGUGUCUUCGUCACCCUUGGAAGAUUUACCGCGACACCUCUUUUUGCUCAAGUGAUAUAUUAUUCGCUUCUUUACUCAGUUAUGUCGAAGACUUUCACCCCCAACAUACCAGUCACUCGUGUGGAGACUUUCAUUCAAGUGGUCCUUCACUUGACUCUCUUGGCUAUCAUUGAGGACCAGACUGUAGAGAAUGAAUCAGAAGAGCAUCAGAAUAACUCAUUCUGCGCAUUUGCGCUCACAAACAAUGCCAAGAGCAAUGGUCAACUGUCAGCACCAACCAUCGUUUCUGUGUUGGUGAAACUGCUUUCGAAUGAAGACUUUAAGGCUUGCGCGCCCAGAAUUCGUCUGAUCCUCCGCAAACUCCACCACAAGCGGCCGAAGUUGUAUUCUUCGACGGUCUCUGCAUCGGAAGUGUCUGCGGACAGAUUAGGCACCGAAUCUCCAGCAAAUGCUGGUGCCGAAGAUGUUGAGCUGAAGAAGAAGCAGGCCCUUGAGAGGCAAGCGAAAGUCAUGGCACAAUUUCAACAGCAGCAAAAGUCUUUCAUGGACGCUCAUGGCGCUCUGGACUGGGGUGACGAAGACUUUAGUGACGAAGGAGAAGAGAUGGACACACCUCCUGAAGAGCAGAAGAAGGUCUGGAAAUAUCCUACCGGUACUUGCAUUCUCUGUCAAGAGGAAACCAACGACUCUCGUCUGUAUGGAACAUUCGCGUUACUCAUGGAUAGCAAUGUUCUGAGGCAAACGGACUUUUCCGAUCCUGAGUUCGUCGCGGAAGCUGCUUAUGUUCCAGAUAAUCUAGAUCGGUCUGCUGAAGAUAUUCGGCCAUUUGGUGUUGCUGGCAAGAACAGAGACACGGUCCGUAAAUUUACUGCUGACGGAAGCGAGAUUGCGGUGGAACGGCAACGUCUGGGCCGUGGCUUCCCCCCAAACCACGUCCGACGUGGUCCAGUGAGCACUGGAUGUGGGCAUAUCAUGCAUUUUGCCUGCUUCGAACUUUACUAUGGCGCUACUACUCGCAGACAAGCACACCAGAUUGCUCGCAAUCAUCCCGAGAGACUGACUCACAAGGAAUUUGUAUGCCCUCUCUGCAAAGCUCUGGGCAAUGCAUUCCUGCCCAUAAUAUGGCGAGGCAAAGAAGAAGUCUACCCGGGCAUCUUACAUACCGAAGCGUCUUUUGAUGACUGGAUUACCUCGCAAAUUGGGCCGAUCGUUUCGCGCCUGGAAAAGGGAGCUGAGGGUGACGGGCAGGAAAAGCACCGUUAUCAGGAGACUUUUGUACAGUACGGCUCAGAAGCUGUCGUUCCUUCGUUGGCGUCUCGACUCGAUCAGUUGGUCAGACCUGGCCCCACGAGCGCUGCCUCGUUAACGCAGCCGACCCGGCCAGCUAUGCCUGGAAAUUUCCCUCUUGAAGAUGCUCUGACGCCUUUGCAGUCGCUGGGUCCACUUUCGCAACAGAUUCAAACGCCCAGCCAGGCGCCGGGCGAGCAAUGGGCCAUUACAGAGCUGGUCGGAAUCUACAAGAGAUUGAGGGACACGAUGAAAGUCAACCAACUCUCGACACGAUAUGCUUAUCCGCCUGCUGCUGCUCUUUCACUGGAAGACCUCACCCAUACCGAUACGCUUGCUCGAAGUCUAGGCUUUUCAAUUUCGUCCGUCGAGAUCAGCCGAAGAGGAAUGGAAGCGCAGCCGGGAACCACAUUGAUUCCUGGAAUCCCUGAGUCAGCCUUGACACAUUUGCGCAUUCUCUCUGAGACGGUCUCCUCGUACAUGGCAGUGGGCGGUCUCCGUAACUCUGGUGCUAACAGAACGGUUACUGAGUUCAGGGAACUGCACGGGAGACAACUUCACCAACUUUUCAUUGGUCAUCCACAGAUCUUUGGCAUUGAGGCUUUCACGCUUGAGCUGAAGCAGCUGGAGCCUCUUUUCUGUCAAGACAUUUUCGUCUUCCUUGCUGAGUGCUCCGUCUGCAUUGGACCGUCGCUGAAGCUGGAUAUUCAUCAUCUGCUCCGGCUCUGCUAUAUUUGCGAGCUCGUCAAGGUGACAUUCACAUAUCUAUGCGACACGAAUGUACUUUGGCACCAGUCACUCUAUGAGAAGAUUCCGGACGACAGUCUCAAGACAUAUUCACUUGAGCAGCUGCAGAGUUUUGGAUCUUUUAUCGAUGGCAUUGGGGCCAUCUCGGAUGAGGCUCUCACAACAUUACGGUCAGAAAACACGGAGCCCAAACCGGCGCCCAAGGCGGAAGACUUUUCAAAAGAGCACCUUGAAAUAUUCCGCACGUUGGUUGCGAACUACGCCCUGCCGUUCCUCCGAAAGGCUGCUAUCCUGCUGUACGUGCGAUACGGCGUCGACUUCCAUAAUAACGGGUACGACGAUUUUGAUGUUCCGGAGCUGGAUCGUUUGACCAAGGCUCUGAACGUUCCCACAUUGGAGGAAAUCUUUUCUUUCUUUUCCAAGAACGAUCCAGCAAAUGUGACCAUCAGAGCUAUUGUAACUGGCUGGAUCCGUCAUUGGGCGUGGGCCAGAGAAGGAAGACGGCCAAUCCAUCAUGCCCGGACGGCGAUCACUUUGAGCCACCCCGGUAUCCUUGAACUCGUUGGUUUGCCGAAACACUUUGACACUCUGACCGAUGAGGCCAUGAAGCGACGGUGUCCGACCACUGGCAAGGAAAUUGUCGACCCCAGCAUCUGUCUUUUCUGUGGCGACAUUUUCUGCAGUCAGGCCUUGUGCUGCUUGCGGGACGGCCGAUAUGGCGGUUGCAACACACAUCUUGAAAAGUGCGGCAAAGACGUCGGUAUCUUCAUCAACAUUCGUAAAUGUACCGUUCUUUACCUCCACGGUCAUAAUGGCAGCUGGGGCAUGGCGCCGUACCUUGACAAGCACGGCGAAGUCGAUCCCGGAUUAAGACGCAACCGGCAGCUUUUCCUGAACCAGCGCCGCUACGAUGCUCUCAUGCGUAAUGUGUGGCUCUUGCACCAGAUUCCAACCACCAUUUCCCGAAAACUCGAAGCCGACACCAACAAUGGUGGAUGGGAGACUAUAUAGUUUUAGAUGACUUGUCAUUUAUUCAAUUUCUCGAUUGAAACAAUCUUUCGAGAUUCUUGCAGAUUGCCACCUUUUCUCGCUUUCCUCUCCCUUUACCUUUCUUUGCCCUCUCC